AUGCCUCCUGGGGUUCCACCAAAGCGAUCCUACUCUCGUACCGACGCUGCUGUUCGCGUCGAGUACCCUGAACAUCAUGAACUUCCUGCUAGUAAGCCGUUGAUCGGCCAGGGAGGACAGUUCUCCAGACCUACGUUGGCGUCGUUGUCGCUUGAAGGAAAGACGAUUGUUAUCACGGGCGGUGCUAGAGGGUUGGGGUUGGUUAUGGGGCAGGGAAUUGUUUACUCGGGUGCUGAUUUGGCGAUUGUUGACCUGAACAAGGAUGAAGCGCAGUCUCAGGUUGGGCAGUUGACUGAUGCCUUCAAGAGGGAGAAUCCCAACAGCCAGAAAAUCCCACGAGUUACAGCUCACUACGCAGAUGUUGCAGAUCAAGACUCAGUAAAUAAAUGCAUCGCCGAGAUUCUCAGCAUCCAUCACAAGAUCGAUGGCCUAGUUACAUCAGCCGGCUUCACUGAGAAUUUUGAUGCGAUCCACUAUCCCAUUGAACGUAUGCGCAAGCUAUGGGGUGUCAAUGUCGACGGAACUUAUCUCUUCGCCGUUGCUGUUGCCAAACAUCUUAUGGAACGUGAGGCCCCUGGAAGCAUUGUUGUUAUAGGCAGCAUGUCUGGGGCCAUCGUCAACGUUCCUCAACCGCAGGCUCCGUACAACGCUGCCAAGGCAGCGGUUCGUCAUCUCGCUGCUUCUUUGGCAGUUGAGUGGGCUCAUGCUGGCAUUCGUGUCAACUGUAUCUCUCCCGGUUACAUGCUGACUGCUUUAACGCAGAAGAUCUUGAACGACAAUCCGGAUCUUGAAAAGACAUGGACGUCUCUCAUUCCCCAGGGACGAAUGGGCCAGCCGCAAGACUUGAUGGGACCUGUGACCUUCCUCUUGUCUGAUGCUUCUUCGUACAUGACUGGAUCGGAUCUCCGAGUUGAUGGAGGCUACACUGUCACUUAA